UUUUAUUACGUUCGGAGUACUAGCACAGCUGUCACGUGUUAUUUAUACCCAUGUGUGUCGUGAAAUUAUUUAACUGUUGUUUCUUUGAAAUCAUGCGAACAACUGGCAUGAACCAGUGCACAUCUAUUCGCAGGGGGGGAAUGAUCGAUACAAUGAAUUUAGAUUUAAAUCGAAUUCUUGUAUCACGCUUGGCUGAACGCAGAAGCCUGAUUACACUCACGCAUUGACAAUUGUGCUCAUCUGUAACGGAUAUUGAGCGUGCAUUCCGGAAGAGCAUGGAUCGAUAAUAAUCGGAUAAAAAAUCAAAAGUUGAUCGAACUGCAAGUGGAGCAAUCAAUUAUCCCUUGAAGAAUUUUAACGAUGCUAUCGUAUAUGCUACCAACGGGAGACAAGCCUCCACCCGGAGAAACCCAGUCCUGCAGUCGUCUAACUCGAAUUCAAACUCGUGGAGAUCAUCAGAUGACGCGCAAUGGAAUCAAUAAAACAUCACCAACAGCCACUACGAUGAUUACGACGACGUUAUCCACGAAUAGAAUUGAUAAUGACGGCAGUGAUAAUCGUUUGGGGAAUGAGAUGAUUGGUGAGAGCCCCAAGCACAAUGGUGGAACAACGACUACGAGAAAAUCGACACUUCAUACCUCUAGGAUAACCAAGGAUGAUAGUUUGCACAGCAUCAAUAGUGAGGCGAGCACCGGCGGCAGUGACAGGAAGUCGAAAAUUGCUAAUGGCGCCAAACACGCUAGUCUCAAAAGGGUAUCCUUUGGAUCGAGCAAAGGCUCCAUGGUUGAGACACUGGUGUACGAAACCCCGGUGCAGGAAGAACCGGAAAUCAAUCACUUUCCGGAGCAUAAUGGUCGGCUCCCGAUGAUGCCAGUGCCAGACACUGACGAAGGGAGAGAGAAAGUGCGAGUCGCAUUUCUCGGCCCACAGCCCCAUCCCUCCACACCAGGUCUCCUACUCCUUGACCCAGUGUUACCCUCAUUGGGAUACAUCGACGCAAUGUCAACUGGACCUGCGGAACUCCUCACUACCCACACCGAGCACACAUCGCCUGCUUAUCAUGCUCAAAUCAGCACCGACAGCGGCUGGGACAAUCCAUUCAGACCCGAUGGCGAUCUCUCUCGAGAGGCCGAUGAGAUCGUUGAAUUAAUAAAAGGUGGCAAACCAAUAACACCUACACCAGGACAAAAUGCACCACCAUUGCCCGGUUGCGAUGGCAAACCCAGUGAUGAUCUUGAUUCGAGUACCAGUCCAUUAUUGAACUCUGGUCAUGUUACUCAUGGCAAUGGCACACCUCACGGAAAUCAAAAUGCCAAGCAGCCCGUCAACGAGAAGGUCGCAUCUGCAACAAGUGCAGCCACCGUCGAGGUUGGAAGAGUGACAGCACAGGGGCCAGGUGAUGCGUCACAAGUGGAACACGUGACAUUGAAGAAAAAGCCCAAGUGCAAGUGUUGCGUACUCCAGUAACCGAUGUGGUGUGAAGCAAAGUUAUUGAAAAUCUGAAGAAGAAUGAUGAAAUUAGAGGCCCAAGGGCCUGAGGACACAUGUCGGGGUCUUGAAUGCUCUCAGUCGAGAGGAAUCUAUGAUUAUCGUUUAUCGAUGUAUCCUCGGUGCAUUGUUAUUCCGACGAUUUGACUGAUCGUUCAGGGGGAAAAUGCAAAAAGUGAAUUUUUUUUAAAUACUUCAAUUCAUGGACCACCAAUGUCCCACUCUGCGUGACAAAAUAUGUAACAAAGCACUCACUCUGCCACGCUUUUUUUUAAAGUGAGAAAUGGAAAAUGGACGUGAAGCUCUAGUGCUGAAAGAUAUUGAUGGAAAUACAAGAAAAUUAUAUAUAUUAAAAUAUAUUGUAGAUACAGAAUGGUAGCUAUAUAGCUUAUAUGCUUUUAUUAUUGUGGUUAUUUAUCGGUAAGAUUAAUCGUGAUCAAUCGGAAGACGAGGUGGAGCAAUUGGGGGGUAAUUGAACAGAUGAAUGAUUGCAGUAGCUGGACGAGCAUGGGCAUAGAGAAAUUCAUCAAAUAUCGAGCCAAAUAUUUCUGGAACAAUCUCUUUUUUUUGCAUCGAAACAGAAUUUUUCAAAUGAAUAAAAAUGAAUAAAGUCAAGGAAAUAAUCGAGUCGAGGGGAUUUCCCUCCGAUCAAAAUGCAGAAUUCAAGAGCUAUUAAUGGAUGACACGAUGUAAAUACUACAGAACGUUAUAAUGCGUUUGGAGAUUGCGUUAAUACGGAAAUGAAGCGGGAAUAGAUGUUUAUACGUUGAAAUGUAUUUUGGGUGGAUAAAUAAUGGAAUGCUAUUUUGAAUGGCAGUUUAUGUGGACAUGAACUCUCACUGUACUGUUUGAAUUGUGGGAGAAACUGAGAUUGUGGCGAGUGGAGAUCCCUGGUCGUGCACAAGUCAUUCAUUGUAAACCGAAAUUGCAAUAGUUCAAUGAUCCGUUCAGUCAGAUUGGGAGAUAUUUAUUUGAGGAUAUUUUUUUUGAUAAAGAGUUUUGACAGUGGAAAUUUGGAGGAAUAUUUCGAUCGAGUUACUUAUGGAUUUCGGUACAACGGAGUCUAGUUUCCAUUCCCCAGGGGGUGAUUUUUAUUUGAGGAAGUUCAGACGUGAAUGUAUAGAUAUUUAAUCAAUAUCGAAAUAUUUAUGAAUCGAAUGAUGAAACCCUUAAUGUGUACGUAAAUUCACAUAAGUAUUUGUUUUUUAAUUGUUUAAAAAAAGAAUUGAAUGGAGAAUAAGAUUUUAACAUUGAUGAUUGUUCAUUAAAAGUGUACCAUAAAUUCUUGUAAUUAUAUACAGAGUAAAAAAUCCUGAAUAUUUAUUUGUUUUUUAAAAUUAAUGGAAAAAUCAUUGUUUCUUGGAUUUUAAUUUAUUUGAGGUUGCCCACUCGUCUGUUUCUUUCAAUAAUCGAACAAAUCCGGAAUGAAAAGUCAAGGAAUCGAUGUCUGAUAGCGACGAAUAACAAACUGGAAUCGAUCAAAUUAUAAAGUCAUUGAGAAAUCACAAUUUGGCUGCGAUCUGUGUUUCUGAUUGUUUUUUAUUAUCACAAGAGACUGUUCGUUGGAUGUGAGGUGGCAAAGAUAGUAAAUGAAAACGAUAAAGAUAAAAACCUAUGAAGUGAAAUUUACAAUUUUUCUAUUCAAUACCCAAAGUGUCCCAAGUGGAGCAAAUUCAAAGACAGUUCUGUAGUCCAGUGAAAAAAACUGAACGAAUGCUGAUUCCAAAAAUAAUGAGCGAGUUUACAUUCUUUGGAUAAUUUUAUUUCCUUCUUAACUAUGCGACUAGAUCGACGCAGAAAUAAAUUCGCGAUAGAAAUGAAGAAUGUGACAAAGAGGAAAAGAAAUGAUGAGCGACAUAGGCUUCCGCUUUUUCACUAAUUCAACUUUUAAAGAUGAUUUACGAGCGGAAAUUAAAUCGCCUGCGUGCGUCCGGCAGCCACUUCUAAACUCUCAAUCAAGAAUUUAAAAAAAUCAUAGAUUGGCUAUGAGAAUCGUCAGUAGAUGGCCAAGAUUUUCCUCACAAAAAUACAAUGUUCGAUUUUUACAGCCGGACGAUACCAGGUUGUGAUCCUAUUUUUUAAUCUCAUGAUAAAUCGUAAGUUUUAGCCGCUGAUUAAGUUUGUAUAAGUGUGAGAAAUAAUUCAAAUUACUGAAUUAAACAUGAUGUUAAGUUUUA